UUUUCUUCAUGAAAUGUGUGGGUCAGGAAUUUGUGCAAAUAAUAUGUGGAUAUUCCUUUCUAUUGCUUAUGGGAUGCAGAUGUACUCGCAUUUGAAAAAAGUGAUGUAUGCAGGGUCUUCCAUUGGAAAUGUCCAUAAGAAGUUUAUGGAUAAAUGAUAAGGUUCGACUCACUGAUGACGAAUCCGUCCUCAAAUUCAACUCUGACCGUUCAGCCGUAUAGGUACACGAUAAUUCUCUAAUGAAAGGUCUUAGAAACUUAAAAUUUUCAGAGUAGGUUUGGAUCAGAAAUGCCGCGGUUAAGUUCGUUUAUGGAUAAAAUCCGAUUAUGGUUUCCGUAAAUAUUGACGUUCGAAAUUUCAUUUUCUUGUUGAUGUCGGAACUGCAGUUUCGAUCGCGAUAAAGAUUUCCAAUUGGAUGGAAAAUGACAUUUAAAUGCUUUGUGCAAAAUUUAAUGCUCAUCAUCUAAUCAGCACAAUAGAAAAUUAAAAAAGAAUAACCAAAAAAAUGACCAAUAUUUACGUGACCACACAACUGAUGGAUAUCAGAUUAUGAAAACCAUGACAAAUGGACUAUAGAAGUUUCAAGGAGAAUAUUGAAAAUAGAGCCGUGAUUACAGAUCCGAUUCAAUUGAGAUUUUGAAUGUUCAUAUACAGGGUGUUCCAAAUUGAGUCGGCACCAUUGCCAACUCUGUUAUUAUGGAUGCUACGAUGUCGGUUAAAUGGGCAAACUGGUAGCAUUCUCAGUGGCCUUCUCGAUGCCGAAAAAAAAAAAAUAGACGCGUUGUCAUAAUAUUUCAUAAAAUGAUAUUUUUUCAAUGGAACACCCUAUAUUUUUUCAUGCAUUUAGAUUCGUAAUAACAUUCUCAGCAACAAAGCUUAUCUAACAUUUUUUCGUAAAGGUGAAAAUAAGACAGUUGUAUUAAUAGGAAACAUUUAUAACAGACGGAUUUGAUAAAAUGCUAUAAAAUAUCGAGUUAAUGUUCAAAAACACCGCCUUCUCGUUGAACACAUAUUUGGGCCCUGUUAAUUUUUGUUUUGUUUUCGGCAUUUUUGUUUAAGAUUAUCGAGUAAUGAUCGGAUGAUGAGGAUGAACCAUUAUUUAAUUCGAUUGCGCCCACGCUCGACUCUAGAUAAUUUGAUAUAAAAAAUGAAGAAUAUCAUAAAAUAAUGGAAUGUGGUAUGAAAUAAUGAAACUUAUAUUUCUCAAGAAGGAUCAGUUGGAAGUGAUGAAAUAGAAUUGUUUUCUUAUAUUUUGCAUUCCAUUUUUGAGGAAUCAACAUUCUGAUUAGAGAUUUUUUUUUUUUCUUUCAUUGAAGGCAUCGACUGCUAUGGUCAUUAGCCUCUAACCUAACCAUCACCGGACAUGUACAACAUCCAUGACCUAGCCAGGAUUCGAACCCGGUACCUUCGGCACCACAGUCGACAUCUCUGUCCACUGCACUACCGAGGUAGUCUGAUUAGAGAAUUGAAAAGAUAAUAAUGCAGAACCCCAAGUGGUCAUGAAAUCCGGCAACGUAAAGCGAACGCCGACAAGCCUGAUGAGUUCUUGAAAACUUCACUUUCACUUUGAAAAUGUGUGCAGUAAAACUGUCUGCGCGAAAAUUUGAAUUACACUUCUCAGUUUAGUUUUUAGUGGUGUUUCCGAAUAUCGAAACAGAUUUUCAAAAUUCCGAUGUACAGGGUGUUGUUACGAGGAUUCAAACUAUUCAUAAUUUUUUGUUAACCAGGACCUGAAUUUUCGAGGUGGUUAUUGCAUGAUACGUUUGGGCUCUCAAUUAGGAACAUAUUUGCCAAAUAUGAAGAAAAUAUACUGGGUGGUUCGUUUGAAAUGGCCUCUGAAAGGAACGGGCAAAACGCAUAAAACACUCUGUAUCUCGCCUACGAAGACUGUAAGACCCAAUGAAUGGGGUAUCUCCAGAAUCGCCUUGGUGUCAACUAAGCACCUAUGAAGUAUUUCCGUUUCCCAAUGAAACACCCUGUAUACGCGAAAUUUGCAGGGAAGGUUCGGAUCUCCAAUGCCGCAGUUGAGUUCGUUUAAUAAGCAGAACCUGAAUAGGGGUUCCGUAAAUAUGGCCGUUCGAAAUUUUGUAUUUUGUGAAUUUCGAAACCAAAGUCACAUUUGCGAGGGAAAUUUGCAUUCAGAUGUAGAAUGACCAUAUAAAGCUUCGUGCGAAAUAUCUUGUUGAUCACUUGAUCAGAACCAUAGAAACUCUGUUACCACAGAACUGACGUUGAGUUGAGAUUUUGGGUAUUGAUAUAAAAUAGCAAUGCUAAGCUCCUCGCCAAAUUUCAAGCUUAUCGCAUAAUGAGAACCAUAAAAAAUUAACCAUAGAAAAUUCAAGAAGAAUAUUGGAUAUUAAAAACUUGAUAUCUCUGUGAUUACAGAUCUGAUCAGAUGGAGAUUUCGCGUGUAUACAUAAAAUGAUCAUUCGAGACUGCGUGCACAAUUUCGUGCGGAUAGCAUAAACAGAACAAUAGAAAAUUCAAGAAGAAUUAAAAAAAUGUACACCUAAUAUAUAAGUUACAACAAAUUUGCUCGAGUUGAAAUUUUGCCUGAAUAUAUAAAUUAUCAAUUUUGAUCUUCAUGCAAAAUUUCGUGUGAAUAGAGGCUUCUACAUAAAAUUCAAGCAGAAUAUUGAAAAUAUUAAAGUCCGGCUUGAAAAGACUCCUCGGGGUCGGUAUAGAGAUGAUUCAGAUAUAGGUACAUCUUUUUAAUGUUGAAUUUCGGGACCGUAACCAGAUGUCUUCAAUCCAUAUAGUGAAUUCUCCAGUUAUCGGCAAUACAAGGGUUGUAAAUAAAUGUUUACACCACGUCUGGUGUUUUCUUCAAGAUGUGGAUGAUGAUAUUCCCCCUCUUAUCGAAUUUUUGCUGCAAGAGCCCUAGUACAGCGUUGCCGUUCGUACGAUAAUUAUCGUUUUGUACGAUAAUUUGCUGCUCAAUUCUAUGUACGAUAUCGCAUGUACGAUAAUAGCGUUUUGUACGAUAAUUUCAGUGUACCUAUCAUUUGAGCUAAAGUGUCAAUAGAUACUCAAAAUAUAAUGAAACUCAGUAUGACCAGAUUUAGUUGAUAUCCAAUUUUUCAGUAGAUUAUUGCAUUUUCAGGAAGUUUUUAAUAGGAAGAAAUCAUUUGAUAGAUUUUAGUAGUUUCAAAAAAUCUAACCGAGACGGUUGGGAAUGUCUAGACUCAAGAAUGUUCCGAUGAAUCAAUUCAUAUUCAAUAUAAUAUACUUUUCAAUUGAAAAGGGCGUAUCUGCAAAAUAGCACAUUUGGGAUAUUUGUCUUUGAAGACUUUCAUUUCAUCCACAGAUUCAAUUGAAUUAAUAUGAAGAAAAAAUAAAUGAUAAUGCAUGUUAAUUAAAUUUAAUCUGUAGAUGGCACAAAUGAAAGUAUUUAAAGUUCAAUCAAUAUCCCAAAAGUGAUUUUUUGUAGAUACGCACGCACUUCUCAAUUCAAACGUCAGUAUAGAUUCAUCAUAUUCCAAUCUGAUCACGCUGAUGAAACUGUUGAAAUGAUGUUCGAUCAAUACAUUGCUUUCCGGAAAUAAAGAGGAUCUUAUACGAAUUCAAUACAGUAAUUACAAUAUCUUAUGCAUAAUGGACCUGUACUUAGCAACUCUCAUGCUUGUAGACACCUCUGAUAAUGCUUUGUCGGCAUUAUCCAUAACAGAAUUACGGUUCGUUUUAUGGGUCGGCUUUAAAAUUCAGUAAAGACGGAUAACUUUUUUGACCGUUAUGCAAAUUUAGGUAGCUAUUAUUUGAAAGCGUUGAAUAUUUUGCAAUAACCUGGACCACUUUAGGAAUCACUGGCCUGGCGUAUACCGAUGACGAAUACAAAAAUCACAUUUGGCAAAACCAGAGGCAACGCCGACAAAGUGGAUAUACAAAGGAUAAUAAUAAAUCUCGAAAAUAGACGUGCUCGUAGGGAAAUAAAAAUAAUUAUCUUGAAAGCGAUAAUAAACUAAUAAACUCUGAAGGGUGCGAUUUUCGACUGCCUUGAAGAUUUCAAAGGAAAGUAAAAUGAUUAUUGGUUCAUUUUUAUGGAAAAAAAUUUCGUUUUUCGUUUCUGCAAGAAUUCUGAAAUUUCAUAUUUUGAAAAUCUUGGGAGGGGUAAUUACUAUAUAAUACUAGUACUCUUCACUAUUUCUAUACGGUCUUGCUUACUGACUGACUGAUAUUUGUACGUUUUUGAGACUCAAUUAUUAAGUGAAGUUAGUGAAGGUGUUUGAAGUUUUUUUAUAAGUUAUAUUUGCCUUUGACCUAAGGACUUUUUGUUUAUUCAGUUAUUAAAGGUAAGAGCUUAAUAUACAAUUCGAUAUUUUUCAACCUUAAAAUUACUUUUUUGAAGAUAUAAAACUUGAAAACGAUUUAUAUUUGAAUGUAUUAGAUUUUUGUGUAUAACCAAUAUCGGGUGUUUCAUGUCAUCGUAUAUAGGCAAAAUCUCGCUCAUUUGACGAGAUAAUAAAAAAAUUUCUGUUACUAGGGCCUAGUAACAGUUGGAAUAAUACAGAUCUAUUCUGAAUUUCUCCAAGUGAAUAUUAGAACUCUGAAAAUAGACGAGCAGAUAAAUUCGAUUUUUUUAAUCUGAAGUUGGUUGUGUUGUGAAUAUUUCGGAGUGAAAACUUGUGUUUGAAUAUUUCGAUCUUUUUGUAAGGAAAGCAAAAAUGUUUGGUCUAGUUCAUUUUCCCGACCAGACUUACGGAAUAUAUUCAAUGAAAAAUAUUUCAAAGAAAAAAGGAGAUAAUAAUGCCUGCAUUGUAAAACAUAGAGGUGCCAAAUAUGAAGCAGUACUGAUAACAGAAAAAGAGAAAAAAGAAGAACUGAGGGUACUUCAAGAUGAAAUGGUUGGACAGCUAAAAUCAGUAAAGAAAUCUGUAAGCGAUAAUAAUUUCACUGAUUCGAAAAUUGGAGAAAAAUAUGUGGAUAUGGACAGACCAUCUACUUCCUCCAUCAACCAUAAAUAUGUUUCCUCCGUUGUUAAAAAAGAUGAAGAAAGUAGUGAUGAAGCAAUUCAAGAGCAAAGAGAAGAACAGAGGAUUCUUCAAGAUGAAACGCUCGAACAAAGAGAAUCAGUAGAAAAAUCUAUAGGCAAUAAUCAUUCCACUGAUUCAAAAAUUGGAAAAAAAUAUGUGGAUAUGGAAAGACCAUCUACUUCCUCCAUCAACCAUGAAUAUGUUUCCACCGUCGAGGGUAGAGAUGAACAAAGUAGUGAUGAAGCAAUUCAAGAGCAAAGAGAAGAACAGAGGAUUCUUCAAGAAGAAACGCUCGAACAAAGAGAAUCAGUAGAAAAAUCUAUAGGCGAUAAUCAUUCCACUGAUUCAAAAAUUGGAAAAAAAUAUGUGGAUAUGGACAGACCAUCUACUUCCUCCAUCAACCAUGAAUAUGUUUCCACCGUUGAGGGUAGAGAUGAACAAAGUAGUGACGGAGCAUUUCAAGAGAAAAUAAUUAUAGAAGAUAUAUUGCUUAAUCCGCGGAGAUCGCCAGAAAAAUCUCUAGUCUAUGAGGAUUUCAAUGAUUUUUCAAUUGGAACAGAAUAUGUGGAAAUUAACCGAUCAUCUACUUCUCUUAUGAAGAACUUCGAUGAUACUGUUUUCUCCACUGUUUGUGGAGAGGAGGAAGACAGAUAUGCAGAAUUUCAAGAUAAUAGUACCAUGGAAGCUUCAGAUAUGAAUGUUGACAAAAACAAACAGAGUAUUAUGCAACAUCAUGGAAUACCAGUUCAAGUGGAACCUGAAGAUGAGAUAGAAUUAUCAGUUUAUGGAGACAAUUCUGAUGAUGAUUCAGAUUAUAAUUUAUCUACUUAUUCAGAAACGCAAUCUGAUAACUCACGAGAUGGCAGUCGGAGCUCAACACCAUGUUCCUUUCUAUCUGAAAUGGAUCUGAAUAUUGAGGAGAAAACGCAACCGAAUGAGUCCAAUAAUAAUUCCCUCUCGAAAAGCAUCCAAGUUCAUUUAUCUGCCUCGUUAAACGAACCAGGGUGCGAUGAUGAAAAUAUGAUGGUAACUGAGUCCCGCGGAAGAAAAGGAGACAAGAAGGCAAAUUUUUGUUUCUACUGCCAUACGAAACAGCAAAAAAUCUCACGACACCUAGAGAAUAAACACAGCGGUGAGGAGGAGGUGAAAAAAUUUAUUAUGUUACCAAAAGGUAACGUAGAAAGGGCCAAGAUUAUUGGUCAGAUAAGAAAAAGGGGAAAUUUCCUUUUUAAUACGAAUGAGAAUUUAAAUGAUGGUGAGCUGAUUGUGGCGCGACGGCCUAAAAGCAGCAGGAAUAAAAGUGGUAGGGAUUACAGUGCAUGUGCAAACUGUAAGGGAUUUUUCUCAAAAGCCACCCUUCGAGUGCAUUUCAGAUCCUGCACAGGCAUUGAUUCCGACAUUAAAAGAUUGCCAAAUUUGCUAAGUAAAAAAAUCACAUCAAGAAUACAUCCUAUGGCAUCAAUAACUGUGAGAAAUCAUUUAUUCCCACCGCUGAGGGAGGAUGAUGUAUGUAGAGCAAUCAGAUAUGAUGAACUCAUCAUCAUUUAUGCUAACAAAAUGGUGGAAAAAUAUAGAGAACCGAGACAUUUCCAAAUGAUAAGGCAGAGAUUACGAUUAAUUGGUAAUUUCCUCAUUAAAAUGAAGGCACUGAGUAAGGAAAUAAAUAAUUUAGCCUCUAUAUAUGACCCAAAAUUUGUAGACAUGGUUUUAUCUGCUAUAAAUAUGUGUGCCCGGUACACUGAAACUACGAACUGCUUCGAAGCUCCUUCGGUAGCGUUCAGUUUGGGCACACUGCUGAAGCAGAUUGGCAAUUUAUUAAUAACAGAGUGCAUUAAAAACCACAAGGAAGAAAUGCGAAAAAAUGCUAAAUAUUUCUUGAAAGUUUUCGCUCAAGAAGUGAACAUAAAUGUAAACAGAACUGUUGCUGAAACUCAACUGAAAAUGAGUAGAACAAAAACAGUUAUGCUACCCACAAUGGGCGACAUAAAAAAACUCAGCGACUAUUUGACCAAGAAGAGAAAAGACGCCCUUGAGAAAUUGAAAAUUUGCUUCUCGUCAUUGGCCUGGAUAGACUUAGCAGAGGCAACGCUAACGUCUAUCCAGGUUUUCAAUAGACGACGCGCUGGAGAAGUCGAGAGAAUUAGCAUUACCGAAUUUGAAAAAUACGAAACGAUUGAGAGAAGUAAUAAUGAUCUAUUUCAAUCACUUUCAGAGAAAUCAAAAGAAAUUGCAAAAAAAUAUGUUCGAUUCACUAUAAGGGGCAAGUUGAAUCGGACGGUUCCUGUUCUAUUGGAUACUCAUUUAUGUGAGUGCAUCCAAUUAAUAAUAAAAAACAGAACAAAUAUGAGGGUCCACAAGAGUAACCCUUAUGUAUUCGGUACACCAGGGUCGGAUACAAAAAAGCAUCCACAUCUGAGUGCCUGCACUUUGAUGAGGAAAUUCUCUGAAGCUUGUGGUGCUGAGCACCCGACAAGACUACGUGGCACCAAUUUGAGGAAACAUAUAGCCACUACGUGUAUUACUUUGAAUCUUGAAAAUCAAGACGUAGUGGAUUUGUCGAACUUCAUGGGCCAUUCGGAGAAGAUACACAAGGGCAUUUAUCGUCAGCCCAUUAUAAGUAGGGACAUUUUGGGCAUUUCACAACUCCUGCAAACAGCUCAAGGAGAAAAUGAAAAUGCAAGCAGUGAUGACUCCGAAAAUGAGGUUGUCAAUGAUGAAGAACCAAUUCCUACAAAUGAAAUCAAUUCAACAGGAGGAACUCCAAAUCUUAGUGGGGGGAAUAGGAGGAAUUCCAGCAAAGCCCAUACCCUAUCUGGCACCCUCAAAAGAGUGAGGUGGACCCAAGAGGAGAAGGAUGCUAUUUUCCGUAUUUUCGGAGAAUAUAUGAAUAGAAAAGCUCUACCUCCUUUGAAAGUGAUACAAACAGUGAUAAAAGAAACUCCUGUUCUUCAGAAUCGCACGUCACCACAAAUAAAGACAUGGAUUCACAAUCAGCUGAAGGGCUCCAAGAAGAAACUUUCAUUUUCAAACUGAAUAUUUGUGAUAUUUUUAAUUUAUACAUAGUCAUUCGUUUUUAUUCAUAUUUAUUUAUUUUUUCAUAUAUUUAUUUACUUUUCAAGAAAGUUGUUUAUGUUUCUUCAUUUUCAUUCAUUUAUUUUCAUUUAUAUUUGUUCGUUUUAUUUAGAGAUUUAUUUAUGUUCCUUUGAAAUUCAUUUAUUUGUAUUCUUAAGAUUUUUUCAAGAUGGUGUUUCUUUCGAAACACUUCAUUUACAAUUGAAGUUUAUUAUUUUUCUUAAUCAAAAACCAAAGAAAAACCGAAUAUUUUAUUGUCACCAUAUUUUUAUGCCUUCAACUGGAAAUUCCUAACUAGAUAUUACAGAAGAACUAGGUCGACUAGAAAUUUGGAAAUGGAGAUUAGAAUAUUUAUCAUUCCUGGCUCUUUCGUACAUAUAGAGAAGAUAUUUAAAUUUGAAAAGAAUUAUGAUUCCCUUGACUUCCUCAUUAUUUAAAAUACUUUACCCAAUAAUUUAACUUCACCUUAUUUUUAUGACCUUUAACUGGGAAUACUCAAGUUCAAUCAAGAAGUUACUGAGGAACUGGGUCGACUAGAAAUUUGAAAAUUGAGAUUAGAAUACUUUCUCAAUCUAGGCUCUUUCGGUUAUACAGAGGAUCAAAAAAAUGUUCAUAACGGCGACCCCCCCCCAAUUUAAAGGCUAGGAUCGCCCUUGUCAUAAAUGCAAUUUCUGUAACGAAACUACAAUGAAAUAUAUUUUCGAAAAUAAAAUAAUCCUCAUAUUAAGA